AUGGAGCCGCUGCAGCGGGCACACGGCUUCAAGGUGCAUCGUGUUCCAAACGAUGGAGAUUGCUUCUUCUCCUCGAUCAAGGCAGCCUUGCCAGACGGAGUGGCGGCAGAACGAGCGAGGGGCGGUGGAGGCGGGGGCGCGGCGGACUGUGCUGGGUCGGCCCUCACGGUGCGACAGAUGCGCGAGUGGGUGGCGGAGGAGAUGGGCCAGGACCAGCUGGACUUCUACAUCCUUCAGGCCGGCGCGAACCCCGAGGAUAGAUGGCUGGACUUCGUGCGCCCGCUGGUAGACAGGAUACCGAGCGACGACGAAGAGGAGGAGGAGGAGGAGGAGGAGGAGGGAGAAGAGGACGACGACGACAGCUACCGGGGGGAAACCGAGGGCGAAGCUUCGCAGUCGCAACCCCAACAGAGCGCAGCCACCUCUCGCAAACCGCCAUCAUCCCGAUCCCGACCGUCCCGAGCAACAGCAGCAGCAGCAACGGCGGCAUCACGAGCCCCGAAGGCUGUUGGCUCAGGUGGGGGCGGCGUGGCACGCGGCAGGGGGAAAGGAAGGACGGGAAGCGGACAACCGGAAGGGAAAAAACCUACCUCGCGGAGGACCGCCAAGGCGGACGACACUGAUGCCCCUGAGGAUAGCGAGUGCGCCACUUUGGCCGCCGUGGUGUCGCCGCCGUCGGCAUCAAGCGACCGCAACGCUCGUUACCUCCGUAGGCGUGAGGGAAGAGGGCUGUCGGCAGCGGCGGCCGCGGCGGCGGCCACGAAGGCGGCAGCUUCGACGAACAAGAAUCCGAAAGCGAAAUCGUCAUCGAAUCAGCGAAGAGCGACAGCGGAGGCGGAGGCGGGGAGUUCAUCUCGGAGGAGUUCUAGGUCCAGGAAAGGGAAGGCGACGAGCCCACGGCGCGUUGGCGAGGAAGGCAGUGGAGGAGAUGAGGAGGAGGAGGAGGAAGAGGAGGAGGAGGAGGGGGGAGAGGAAGAGACGGAGGCGGUGGGGUGGAGGUGGGAAAACGAGGUAGAGGAGGAGAACGAGGGUUUGCCUGUGGUGGAGACGGUGGAAGAGCUCCGUCGGUUCGUGCGGCUCGAGGGCUCGGACGUGGGGCACGGCAACUGCAUGUGGGCCGACACGCACGCGCAUCACGUGGUGUCCCGAAGGCUGAAGAUAACCAUCCUCUUCGUUGACAUGGAGCGAGAGAAGCGUGCCUGGCCGUACCGGGUGCUGGCCCGCACGGUAACAGACAGCGACGACGGAGAGGACGAGCGCUUCGUCGUUCUCAAGCGAGAGCCCAGCCACUUCGUCCUCCUCGAGACCGUGCCCUCCCCCGAGGACAGCGACGGAGCGGUUGGCAGCGACAGCGGUGGCGGAGGCGUGGCAGCGAAGAAGAAGCGAAAGGGCGGGCGGGGGCAAGCGUGCUUCUCCCGUUCUGAGCUGCCGGACGUCGUGAGGAGGUUGUGGCAGCUGUGAGCGGAAGGCCAAGACAACGAGCGCUGGCGGUGUCGGCGUAGUACAUACAUUCAAGAGGGCAGCAGAAAGGAUGGUGGGUGACGAACGUACGGGCCCGAGAUGGCCGUAUGUGGUUGACCCACUUAUAUGAUGCUGAGGAAGAAGAACACGGAAAAGAGGAGGAACCAGCGCCGGGCACGGAGUGACCGACAAGCGAAGGCGGUGUUGAUCGUUACGCUUGGGACAGAUGUAUUUCCAUGUGCCGACGCGUGCCCAAAAUGCAUGUGUGCAGGCUGACAGGCUGAUGUAAACUACUUGGUAUGUC